AGGUACAUUCACCAAAACGUAUCAGUCAUACUACUAAUAUUAAAUUGGAACCAUACUCUGUUGUCACCGAUACAUCAACUGUUCCUACUGAUUAUGCAUCGGUUGCAUCAAAUGAAAGUUUCUACAAUACUUCCCAUAUUCUCAAUGGUCGACCUGUUUUUGGACCUUGGCCUAAACCUACAUUAGCCAUUAGAUGAAAUGAGCGCAACAACAAUCAGUGUUCCAGUUACGGGAAAAUGUGGCACCGUUAGGCAAAAGGAUGAAGCAGAAUCGGUGCACUCUAUUCAAAUGAUAGCACCAAUUUUAUCACCAAAUGAGCAAAAUAAAUUACGCUUUGAGCAACUUCAACAACGGCUCACAUCAUUAUCUACGCCACUUGUUAGCAUGCUUGGGACAAGAUUUGAAACAACUGGUGAGUCAUCCACUGAUCAAGAUUUAACAAUCGACAAAACUGAUAACACUAAGAUACCAAUUGUAACAUUGCAAUCAGCAUCACAAUCAAUUAAAUCGAAAGGAACUCAUGAUGAAAUUGAUGAUGAAUUGAUAGCAUAUAACUCUUCAUAUUUUCAACGAAAAGAUAUCAUCAAUUUAUCACCUACUGCAUCUAUUUCUUCAACGGCUAUGAAAACGCAAAAAUUGAUGAAUGCAACAUAUCAAACAGCUCUCAGCCAAGAAGAUAUUCAUGUGGAAACCGAUAUAAUUGAGCAGCAACGCAGUAAUAAUAAUAAUAAUAAUAAUAAUAAUAAUAAUAAUAAUAAUAAUAAUAAUAAUAAUAAUAAUAAUAAUAAUAAUAGUGGUAAUAAUAAUAGGAACAAUGAUAAUGGUAAUAAUAAUAAUAAUAAUAAUAAUAAUGAUAAUAAUGAUAACAAUAAUAAUAAUAGUUCAAAUGAUUUCAAUUUGGUGAAAGAGAAGUGCACUAAUGAAUUAAUAAUUGGAAUUGGAAAAAUUCUACGUAAAAAAAAUGGUGGAAUUGCCGCAUUGUAUAAGAAUGCCCUAGAAAUGCCUGAUUCAAGAUUUAGUAAAAUUAUAUAUUCAAUGAUUGCAUAA